CCCCCCCCACACACCUCCCUCCUUUCCCUCUUCGAAGCCGCGACCAAAACUUUUGACUAAAGUCGGUGGCGCUCGACCCCCAGAGCGGAGAGUGGGAAUCGAAGGUGGGCUUGACACGCGUGCGGACGCUUCGCCCCGACGCGCGGAGGGCUUGGGAAAGGGAGUAGCGAGAGCUGCUGGCAGCGAGAUCUGAUGCAACUUUCUCGCUGAGCCGGGGAAGGGGGGGAAGCCACCUUGACAACGCGCCUGGAGAGAGCCCGCGCGAGGCGCCCGAGCAGCAUGGCCAGGCUUGCUGUUUCCUUGGUCUAAUUUGUCCUGCCAUAUGAUUUGAGGUCUCUGCUUAUCCUGGAAGUGUAGCCAACGAGACGGGAUAGCAGGCAAGUGGGUGCCCACAUCUUGGCCCAGAACCAUGGCAGAAAAAUGCAGUGAGGGGUUACUGAAUGGGGCUGUGCCUGGUGAAACAGGUAAACGAGAUGAGCACAUGAAACGAGGCAACUGGGGCAACCAGAUUGAAUUCGUUCUCACGAGUGUUGGAUAUGCUGUUGGGCUUGGCAACGUGUGGCGCUUCCCUUACCUCUGCUACCGCAAUGGAGGAGGUGCUUUCCUGUUCCCCUAUUUCAUCAUGUUGGUGUUCUGUGGGAUCCCCCUGUUUUUCUUGGAACUCUCUUUUGGACAAUUUGCUAGCCAGGGCUGCUUGGGCGUCUGGAAGAUCAGCCCCAUGUUCAAAGGUGUUGGCUAUGGUAUGAUGGUUGUCUCCAGCUACAUUGGAAUCUAUUACAAUGUUGUGAUCUGUAUCGCCUUCUAUUAUUUCUUCUCAUCAAUGACACGGGUGCUACCCUGGACAUACUGUAAUAACUUUUGGAAUACAGGAAAUUGCACCAGUGUGUUGGAUGUUACCAACAGCUCAGUGGGUUCAUCACUCAACAUCACACGUAUCUUCAACCAGACUCUGAAGCGCACUAGCCCCAGUGAGGAAUACUGGAGGCGGUAUGUAUUGAAGCUCUCUAAUGACAUCGGGAAUUUGGGUGAAGUGCGGCUUCCCCUGCUGGGUUGUUUGGGCGUCUCUUGGAUCGUCGUCUUCCUCUGCCUAUUCAAGAGUGUGAAGUCCUCAGGAAAAGUGGUAUAUUUCACAGCAACAUUCCCAUACCUGGUGCUGACAAUCUUAUUUGUGCGGGGAAUCACUCUUGAAGGUGCAGUUAGUGGCAUCACAUACUAUCUGACACCACAGUGGGACAAAAUCCUUGAUGCAAAGGUAUGGGGAGAUGCUGCCUCUCAGAUCUUCUAUUCACUGGGCUGUGCCUGGGGUGGGCUUAUCACCAUGGCAUCAUAUAACAAGUUUCACAACAAUUGCUACAGAGACAGCAUCAUCAUCAGCAUCACCAACUGUGCUACCAGUGUCUACGCAGGUUUCGUCAUCUUCUCUAUCCUCGGCUUCAUGGCUCAUCACCUGGGAGUGGAUGUUUCCAAGGUGGCCGACCAAGGUCCUGGCUUGGCAUUUGUGGCCUAUCCUGAGGCAUUGACACUCCUCCCCGUUUCCCCUUUUUGGUCUGUUCUCUUCUUCUUCAUGCUCAUCCUGCUGGGGCUGGGUACACAGUUCUGUCUCCUGGAAACUCUUGUCACAGCCAUUGUGGAUGAAGUGGGAAAUGAAUGGAUAUUGCGUCGGAAGACUUUUGUGACUCUAGGUGUGGCUGUGGUGGGCUUUCUGCUAGGUAUCCCACUCACCACACAGGCUGGUAUUUAUUGGUUAUCGUUGAUGGACAAUUACGCAGCAAGUUUCUCACUUGUGGUUAUUUCAUGCAUCAUGUGUGUUGCCAUUAUGUAUGUCUAUGGUUACCGGAGCUAUUUCAAGGACAUUGAGAUGAUGCUUGGUUUUCCACCACCCAUAUUUUUCCAGAUCUGUUGGAGGUUCAUCUCUCCAGUUAUCAUCUUUUUUAUCCUCAUAUUCACAGUGAUUCAGUAUGAACCAAUCACAUACAACACAUAUGUGUACCCGCCCUGGGCCAUCGGCAUUGGUUUCUGUAUGGCACUCUCAUCGGUCAUCUGCAUCCCCAUCUAUGCAGGCUACUACAUUUUGCGCUCAGAAGGAGACACGCUACUGCAGCGUUUGAAAAAUGCUACUCGGCCAAGCCGGGAGUGGGGCCCAGCGCUUGUUGAGCACAAGACCGGCCGCUACGCAACAGCAUUCAGCUCAACAGAAUCCCAGCUGGAGGUGCAGCUGCUGAACCCUGAGAAACCCAAAAGCGAUGAGGCUGGCAUGAUGGCUGCCAUCACCAUCGGAAGCAAUGGCUCAACCCACAGCCAAGACUCAACGAUGUGAACCUUAGCCUGGGAGGCAGGGCAGGGAGCACUCCUUGCAUCAAUCCAUUCCCACCUGUCCUGGUUCUCUAAACCCUACUCUGCUCAGAUAUACUAAAGUACCCCCACUGGGUGGGGGACCCCUGGCUCCCAGGCUGUGCUGGACUCUGGGGGAGGGGGCUAUGAGUUCCCAUCCCACCCACCUCAUUAGUGUCCCUGUGCCAUCUUGUAACCCUUAUGUUUACAAGUAAUGCUCAGAUGGCCCCAAUUCACAGCCAGGACCAGGAUCAGAGACAGAGAUGUGUGCACUGGCUAACUAGGCGGGGUUUCUUUGAGAGGUACCAGUAGAAAGGUUGGUUAAUGUCUUAGAAGCUUAGAAAUCCCUUCAGGAUGGUUUCUGGCAGCUACUCCUGGGUCCAGCGAAUCUAGAAUCUAUUGGGGACAAUAUGGUCCUCACUGCCCUGGAUCAGGGCUAUUUAGCUGGCCCCACAAGGAAACUAAUGGGAGUGCUGGGGGUCAGUAGUGGUUUCAAAUUUGAGCUGAUAUUCUAGGCAAAGUUCAGUCUAGAGCUAGACAACCUUCAGCUAGACUACUGCCUUUAUGAGCACUCUUGCACACAUGCAUGGAAAACUGCACACUACCCAUCAGUAUCUAUACCUUCCCAGCUUUCCCACUUGUCUAGUAUUUUAUGAAAAGUGGGGUAGCCUUUUCAGGACUGUAAAGUUCCAAUGAUGGUUCCAAGAUCUUAAGAAAAUUCCAGAAAUCUCUCAUAAUUGGUAGGGAGGAUCUAGCCUUAUUUGUCUAACUGUCCAUAAUUUUCUCAUGUGUACACAUACACACACACACAUCCUUUCACAUAGUUAAUAGAGACACUAUGUGACUGAUUCAAAUCUAGGAAAGUCCCACACUUGUGGGAAACUCCUGUAAGCUGCUGCUACACUGUGUAGAGGUGGUGGAGCAAAGUAUUGAACUGAAUUAUGCAGACGCUUGUACUUGAGUUCUGAGGAAUGGAGCCUCUGAAGCCAUUGUUUAUUCUCUUCCCCUACAGAGGAGCAAAUGAAUUUGAAUAGGGUCCCUCUACUUGCAAGGGGCCCUUGGGACCUAGCCCUGCCCCAGUCUCUAGGGAAAGGAGCAGAGCCAACCAUGGUGCUAAGAGUAGAUGAUGUGCCAAGACCAACCCUUGCAACUUGAGUGAAGCACAAAGGUCAGAAAGCAUGAUCUUCCACGAAAGCUAUUCCUGGUUAGCCCUGGACCGCCACUUCCCAAUGGGGAUGGAAGCCUCUAUUCCCAUGCUGCAGUCAUGAAGAAGUUGGCCAGAAGCACCAGUAUCUCAUGGCAGGACGAUCUCUUUGUAGCACAAGCCAGGUCUUACACUGGCUCAAAUGGUGAGGGAUAACUAAAUGGUUGUGUCUUCCUGCCUCAUUGCCCCAUAUUUUCGUUUCAGCAUUGCUGCCUGCACUUUAUCCUGAGCAAGGCCUUGGAGGAGGUCCUGACAGCCACUCCCUUGCCCUUUAUCCUGUGGCAGCAAUGAUACCAGGACACCAGUGCCAAACUUUUUUGUAGGGAUACCAAUGCCAAACUUCUUAUAAGGGGCAUCCCUCAGCUCCCAGGAAUGCACAAUUGCUACAAUGCCAACAGCAAGGGCACAUCUGGUCCCUACCCACUGCCCCAGCCGGUGACGUGGGCAAAAUGGCCAGUGUUUUAAGUGCCAAAUGUCUGCAUCAUGCACAGAUGAUAGGGAGGAUAGAUGGCUUCAUGUCAUGAUGGCAUUUUUACCUUAAGCCGCCAGCAUCCAAUCCUUUCCCUCCUCUGUACUGAAAAUGCACUAUUUAAUGCAUGGUUUCAUGUCUGUCCUUCCCUCUCCUACAGAGUGUGGCAACUGCCACUGCCACCUCUCAUUGUUCAUAGCAAUAAUUGUACGAGUCUCCCAUACUGUGACUCUCCCAGUUGUAGAUUGUUAAAGUCUCAUAGAUUUUAAUGAAAUUUAUAUUCCUGAA